GCGAAAUAAGUCCACCCUGCAGGGAACUCAGCGCACCAUUGGCUCUACCUCUGGCCAAUCGCCACACCCUCCCGAAAUUGCUUCACCAGAAGAGAGGUGUGUGAAGAGUUUCUGUUCUCUAGGACAGAGAUGGUAAGUGUGGCAGUCAGCACAGAGCCUUGCCAUGCCAGGUGGGAAGUAGAGACAGAUGAAGUUGUCUUGCAGAGGAGGCAAAAGCAGAUAGAUUAUGGCAAAUGCACACCUGGUUACCAGUGCUUUCUGCAGCAGGUCCCCAAGGUACAGAGACAGCCAGGGAUUCACCCUCAAACACCAAACAAGAACAGGAGGUACAGCCGACGUUCCUGGGAUGCCCAGAUCAGGCAGUGGAGAAGAGCCCUACAUACCUGGGACCCUCCCAGUCAGAGGAGGGGGGCUGAGGGGCAGGGAAUGGAGAACCCCUUACAGCUGAUGGAUUCUACCCCUUUGGAUAACCUUCUAGGUGACUGGCUCCAAGCCUUGGAGCCCUUGGAGAACCUGGAUGGAGGCCAGAAGAGGGCCCAGCUUGCAGACUUGGUUCCUCUAUCCUAUCCUCCCAAGCUCAAUGUUGAAGAUCCCCAAGACUGA